AUGUCUGUAAUUCAGAGCCAGUCAGAGGUUGUUGGUCCGCUUCAGCCAGUAGUGUCAUUGAUUGGUGAUGACGUCAUUUUGCCGUGUCACCUGGAUCCUGUUAUGGAUGCUUUUGACAUGACUUUGGAGUGGGCGAGACCUGAUCUAGACCCCAGAUUUGUCAUUGUGUGGCGGGACGGUGUGGACCUGGAGUCUAAAAAACAUCCUCUCUACAACAACAGAACAUCACUGUUCACAAAUGAACUGCAGAGUGGAAACAUUUCACUGAAGAUCUCCAAGGUCAAACAGUCUGAUGGAGGAACGUAUAUUUGUUUUGUUCCAGAGUUGAAGAGAGAUGCAGCAGUUCGGCUUGUUGUUGGUGCUGUUUCUUCACCUGUUGCGCAGAUGAACAGAACCAGCAGCAGGGUGGUGUUACAGUGUGAGUCUGCAGGCUGGUAUCCAGAGCCUGAGCUGCUGUGGUUGGACGGUGAGGGAAACCUCCUCCCUGCUGGACCUACAGAGACCCUCAGAGGUCCUGAUGACCUCUAUACUGUCAGCAGCAGAGUGACUGUGGAGAAGAGACACAGCAACAACAUCACCUGCAGAGUCCAACAGAAGAUCAUCAACCAGAGCAGAGAGACACACAUACAUGUUCAAGGUAAAUCAGCAGUGAUUGGUCCACUCCAACCAAUAGUGGCAACAGUUGGUGAUGACAUCAUUUUGCCACGUUACCUCUAUCCAAGUGCCGAUGCUUCGGACAUGACUGUGGAGUGGACCAGACCUGACCUGGAGUCCAGAUUAGUCCAUGUGUGGCCCGAGAGAGCUGAACUCCAAAAUCCAUCCUACAAGGGAAGAACAUCUCUGUUCACUGAUGAGCUGAAACAUGGAAACAUCUCUCUGAAGAUCUCCAAAAUAAAGCUCUCUGAUGAGGGAACGUACAGAUGCUUCAUUCCAGACCUGCAAAGAGACUCUGCUGUUAGACUUGUUGUUGGUGCUGCUUCUUCCCCUGUUGCAAAGAUGAACAGAACCAGCAGCAGGGUGGUGUUACAGUGUGAGUCUGCAGGCUGGUAUCCAGAGCCUGAGCUGCUGUGGUUGGACGCUGAGGGAAACCUCCUCUCUGCUGGACCUACAGAGACCCUCAGAGGUCCUGAUGACCUCUAUACUGUCAGCAGCAGAGUGACUGUGGAGAAGAGACACAGCAACAACAUCACCUGCAGAGUCCAACAGAAGAUCAUCAACCAGAGCAGAGAGACACACAUACAUGUUCCAGAUGAUGUCUUUAUGGUCAUCAGUCCUUCUAGUCCUCCCAGUGAUACAACUAUUGCUCCAACUAUUGAUUCAAAUACCAUCACUGGUUUGGCCAUCGGUGCUGUUGUUGUGCUUGUUCUGAUUCUUGCUGUUUCCUGUGUUGUGUGGAAGCAGAGACGAUUCAAAUGCAGUCGAGAAUGA